AUGGCUCUAGGUAAAAUUCGUCUCCUCAAAAAACACUUAACCCGCAACGCAUCCUCACUAUUCAUCCCCGGGAGCAAAGCCACUGACUCUUACUCCUUUCUAUCCCCGAUUCUGGACUUCGACGAGCGAUUUACCGACUGCGAUAAACUUUCUUACCAACUGAGAUGCCGUAAGAUGCCCGUGGACAUCCAUGCCAUCAGAGAUUCCUGGGAAUUCUACAAAAGCAUUGACCAGCAGCGCCAGCUGAUCGAGUCCCAGCGCGAGGAGCUGACCUCCAAGAUAAAGAAACUAAAGAAAGACCCCAAUAAUUCAAUAGAAGAUUUAAAAACCCAGGGCGCUAUCUUACGACACGACCUGCGGGUCGUCAAAGAAGUACUUUGGCAAUUAGAAGAAACUGUAAUUAUCCGGGCGCUAAAUUUGCCCAAUGAUCUAGAUGACAAGACGCCGCUUGAACCCGUGGUCCUGCGCAGCCAUGGCCGGAAACCAACCGGAACUUCCUCCUGCCACACAGAGAUCGGCUCCAAGCGCCAUCUUGUCGAGUACAUCAACCCCCUCCACUAUUACCUCGCCGACGACGCAGCUCUAUUGGAAUUAGCAGCCACCAAAUGGGUGUCCACUUGUUUCUCAGACUUCAUUCGUGUCUCCGGUUCAGAUUUCGCUCGGGAUUUCGUCAUCGAAGCUUCUGGACGGGACCACACUGAUCCCCAGGCUUCUUUUAUACUGACCGACCACAGCGACCAUGAAGCAAAACUCGGUAAGCUCCACCUGGUAGGAGGGUCAAGUCUCGCUGCGUUCCUCAGCAUGCAUACGAAGCAACUGAUAAAUCCCAAGAGUUUGCCUCUACGCUACUACGCCGUAGGCAGACAGUACACACCGACGGUCGGUAAAACAGACCCAGGAUUGUUCAAUGUCUGCCAGUCGACUACCGUAGACUGUUUUACGCUCACCAAGAGCAUGGACUCGGAGUUCAAUGAGGAAUUCAGUCGACUAGUCGAUGUGAUAACCGGCGUCUACGACAACCUGGACCGCCAUUACCGAGUGGUGCUUCGCGCCGCUCAUGAGCUAAAGCCCUGGGAGUGUCUCAGAAUUUCCUUCGAGCUCUGGUCUAGGCACAGCCAGAAGUAUAUCGAAGUCGGUAACUUAUCGACCCAUGGUAACUAUUUUAGCAAGAGGCUCCUGAUUGCUUUUCAAACUUCUACGGGUAGAAGUUACCCUGCAGUCAUCACCGGGACUGUGAUUUCCGUGCCGCGUUUGCUGGGAUGUUUGAUUGAGGAUCGUGAUGACUUUGUACCGGAAAUUAUUAAGCAGCAUAUAAGUGAUUUAUGUAAUUAAUAUAUAUAAAUAUAUAUAGACAUGUCAAUAAAUAAAUAAAUAAAUA